CGUCAUAACAAUGCGACCCACGGAAGCAACGUGCGAAUGCUCAGACGUGUUGACUGUCGAGGCGGUACACUACAGAUAGAAGAUACUUUAUUUUAAUAAACUUAUUUUAUAUUGUGUUUAGCUAGCCGACAGAAAAUGAGCGUGCCAAUGCCUCAAAAACGUUUCUACAGGCAACGAGCCCAUUCAAAUCCCAUGGCCGACCAUACUUUUGAGUACCCCGUGUGUCCAGAGGAGAUGGACUGGUCUCAGUUGUACCCCCAGUUUUUCGGGUCGCCCCACAGUUGUCAGGACGGGUCUUCAGUCAAAGAACAGGCCCGAGUGGAGUUCGCUGACAUCGGAUGUGGAUAUGGGGGGCUUCUUGUGGAAUUAUCACCACUCUUCCCCAGCCAGUUGAUGCUGGGUCUGGAGAUCCGGAUCAAAGUGUCCGAUUACGUGCAGGACAGGAUCCGCUCCCUUCGAGCUGCAAAGCCAGGACAGUACCAGAACAUCGCCUGUUUACGGAGCAAUGCUAUGAAGUACAUGCCUAACUUCUUUGCCAAGGGACAGCUCAGCAAGAUGUUCUUCCUGUUCCCUGACCCUCAUUUCAAGAAGACGAAACACAAGUGGAGGAUCAUCAGCCCGACAUUGCUGGCGGAGUACGCGUACACUUUGAGAGUUGGGGGCCUGGUCUACACCAUUUCGGACGUGGAAGAGGUGCAUCUCUGGAUGGUGAAGCACUUCACGGAGCACCCCCUUUUCACGCGGGUCCCCCUGGAAGAGCUGGCCGAUGACGUCAUCAUCAGUCGCCUGGGCACGUGUACGGAGGAGGGACAGAAAGUGCAGCGGAACGGGGGGAAGAACUUCCUGGCCGUCUUCCGCAGAGUGCAGGACGAGCAGGUGCCUUCGUGACGAGGCCGGCCCUUCGUGCAGGCUGACGGAGCUGCUGGACUGCACAAACCUCACAGCCGAGCCGCGUGAAGCCAAACGCGCGCUCGGACUGGUCCCCUUUUCCCAGUCUCACCUGAGGCCUGGUACCUCAUACCCUUUGGGACAGAGUUAUUCAGGCAGUUCAUACACCCCCCCCCCAAAACAAACACGAAUAAAUAAAUGGUAAGAAUGAGUCCGAUGUGUUCAAAUGUAGAAGCUUAAGGCAGGAUGAGUGGUUUUUUCUUUUUUUUUUCUUCUUCCCAGACUACUGUUGUUGUCUGCUUAGGAAUGGGGGUGUCUGUCUGUCAUGUAUUUGCUUGCAAUUGAUCUGUGGAAUGUGUUCAAGGAAAGGCAUUGAUUUGGUUUGAGAGGAGGGGAAGGGGACCUUUCCACUCCCUCUCCCUUUAUUUCAAAGCAACUUUGAUCUACUUUCCCCCCCCCACCCCCCUUACCUUCAACUGUUCUGACCUGACCUGAUGUUUUGAUGUGCCUAAUAGCGGCGCGUUGGGAUGACAGGCUCCUCCCCCUUCGUCCCCCAGCCCCAGUCAGUCUCUGUCUCUGUCUGCUGCCUGUCUUGGAGAUUUAAGGGUGUAUCUGUCUCAACAUGACUGCUCAACGGGGCAUGGUGGAAAAAUUGGGGGGGUGUUGGGGGAAGGUUAUUUUGGUUUUGGGGCAGUGCCAAAAAUGUACGAGCCAGAUCAUGGAGAAUUAAAAGAAUAUUUGAGAAAAAAUGUGUGUGGGUGCGGGGGUGUGGGUGGGGCAGUGCUGCUCAUAACAGUACGGCUCAGCCACAAGCUGCCUCAAAGGUGACGUCUCCCCUCUGAAGUCAAGAGUACGACUGGGGCCCAACAGGAAGGACCGGAGACUUAAAAAGCUGAUUGUGCCUUUUUGGCAAGCAUGGCACAGGACAGGGCUGCCCAACCCUGUUCCUGGAGAUCUGCCGUCCUGUAGGUUUUCACUCCAACCCUUACUAAACACGCCUCAUUCAACAGCUCAAGAUCUCAUUGAGCUGCUCGUUAGUAGAAUCAGGUGAGCCAACCUUAGUGUGGAUGGUAGAUCUCCAGGAACAGGGCUGGCCAGCCCUGGCUUUGGAGCUGGACUUGGAACAUGAAGGUUGCGAGUUCACUUCCCAGAUCAGGAGCAGUCGUUUGUACCCUUGACCUAUACAUUUAACUUCAGUUGCUUUGGUGAAUAUUCAUCUGUACACAAAGGUAAUUCAUAAGAAAUGUAAACUAUGGUAGUCAUUCUCAACAAGGAUGUCUGCCAAGCAAAUAAAAAGUAAUUGUCAGGUGUUCUA